CGUCUCUGUCUUCUUCCCGCGGAGCCUCCACGAAGAGAAGACAUGCAGUGAGCUGCUCCCCGCAGAGUGACGUCACAGACAGGGCUGAUCUGAUUGGUGCAGCCAUGCUCCAGAGGACCCUGCACAGGCUGCUGCUGCUGCCCGGCUCAGGGCGACGUGUCCCCGGCUGCAGGAUGGGCACGCACGGGAGGAACGAGCCCAGGGAGCCGCUGAGCUCCUCCAGCGGGGCCAAGGACUUCAUCUACCGGCUGCAGGCCACCGAGAGGAGCUGCCUGCUGAAGGAGCUGCAGAGCUUCCAGUCCACAGCCAUCGCUCAGGAGACUCUGGAGCCUUCGCCGCCGACUGCAGACCAAAUCAGAUACGUCUUGUUCCACAACGCCAUCCCCUUUGUUGGAUUUGGUUUCCUGGAUAAUGCCAUCAUGAUCGCAGCAGGAACACAGAUUGAACUCUCUAUCGGGGUCACCCUGGGGAUCUCCACCAUGGCUGCUGCGGCGUGGGGGAACCUGGUGUCAGACUUGGCAGGUCUCGGUCUUGCAGGUUAUGUGGAGGCGCUGGCUUGUAAACUGGGGAUGCAGGGUCCAGAUCUGACGGCCAAACAGGUGGACAUGUGGCAGACCAGAGUCAGCUCCCACCUGGGGAAAGCCAUCGGCGUGUCCAUCGGCUGUAUUUUGGGGAUGUUCCCUCUGUUUUUCCUGAGCGACGACGACGAUGAUAAGGAGAAGAAGAAGAAGAAGAAAGAAGCACAAGCCUGCAUCGACACGGCGUCAAACUCCUCCUAACCAGCAACACAGCUGCAGACCGACGAUGUCAACUAAAGAAGUGUUUACAUCUGGGUGUGUCGGCGCUCACACGUCCUCGCUCUACGCCCUCUGAAGCUGUUUGUGUAAACUGGUCAUAUUUCUAGUAUCGGCUCUCUGAAGCACCGAGCUGUGGUUUUCUCACGCCGUCUGCUCCGUCAUGACGCUCCAUCUGUUUACUCAAUAUGUCCAUUUAAAGGGGGCUCAUCGAUUCUUUAUGUUAAUCACGUUUUUUUUUCGUAGACACGUUUCUUUCCAAACUUUCUUUCCAAACUUCUUUCUAUCUUGCGCGACAAUUUCUGUCUCUUUUCAUCGGAGCAGCUCAGUGCAACACGAUGAGCGUCUCACUAACAAUGUCUUCCAGGAGAAACUUUUAUCUCCCUAUCUAGAUAGAAAUCACAGUUUCUGUCCGUCAGUUCUUCACAUAUCUCCAGAACCGCUCAUCAGAUCUUCUUCACGCUCGAUAUGUGUUUUGCUUCGGGCUUGACGGAAUGCUUUUUCGAAUUUGAUGCAAUUUGGACACGCGAUAUUCAAUAUUUAUAAACUUUUGAGUAAAUUUGCGAUCAGUCACCAACUCCCUCGCCGUCGUCUGGUGGGACAACUGUCCGUUAACGUAUCUGAAGUUGAGGGAUCUUAUUCAUUUCUUCUGAAUAGCAGGAGAUCAGGACACGGGUCUGUGAGUGCACUGACCAUUCAGCCAUAUCUGAAUAUGCAUAAUCGUGACUCAAACUCAACUUUAUCCUAAUUAGGUAUGUCCAUUACAAGGCAGCAGUUUCCAUAAAAAGGCAGCGUUGAUCAAACACAAGUUUCUGUUACUGCGUUGACUAUUUCUCACUUCAAAAGUUUUCAGAAGCAUAUUUUAAAGUGCUCUUCAGCUGAGAAAGCGUUGAACAAGGUGGUCCAUGUUUCUGCUAUUACAGGGAAUCCGCUCUGUAACUGCAGAGACUCCCCGAGUGUCUUGGUAUCAAAUAACCGAUGCAGAACCGUUCUAUCAUAAAAUCACUAUAUCGCCUUUUUGCAUCAUCUAGUUUUGCAAAAAUGCGACUACAUGUUUGAACAUAUUUUCCGUUCUGCUGAGGCUCCUAGAAAGUUCUUCCUCAAAACGAGACGAUUUUGUUUGUCGGUGGAAACUAAUCUCAGUUUUUGACACGGAACAAAUGGUUUUCUGUGAGCGCUGCCUGAGUAGUGCUCCUCUGCCUCAACACCUUCAGACAUCAGCUGUGGUUUUGGAUUCAUAUAUCAGACGUCCUCUUUUUUUAUUUUAUUUUUUAACCCCACAAAAAUCCAGCUUCCAGUACAAAAAACCAGAAAAACAAACAGCACAUACUGGAAAACUGGACUCUCUUGUCCUUUUUAUUUUUAAACUUUGAGUUAAUUGAAAGAACAGCACAUGAAAUAUGUUUAUUUUUCUCCAGCAGACACUUUAUACAUUUGAAGACAUCAUAUUUAAACACUAUUUGUUUCUCAUAACUUGAGCUGAGCAGACUUUUCAGUCACUGCAGUCGCGUAUCUCACCUUUAGGGUCUUGUGCAUCUUUUAGACUUUUACCAAAACAAAAAAGGAAUCCUGUCCGAUGCUACCUCCAAGGGAACGUUCUCGGUUUGAUUCUUUUUGCAUGAAGAAGUGAUGUUGCUCUAUAAUCAGACUUUUUAUUUCCUUGUCAGAUGGUUUUUGAAAUGUUUUUGUACGGGUCGAUUAACAGAACAGGCGCUACACACUAAUUUAAAAACUGGAGUUUCUAUUUAAAUUUUUUGGGCUUCACGCUGGUGUUUGCUUUCCAAGUUCUUCUCUAUGUCUGUUUUUCUGCCUCCACCAUCUUCUUAUUUUCUCUUCUUCUCACAGACUCUUGGCUUGGAUCCAGCCGUCUGUGUAAUUAGUUUUUUAAGGUUUCGCUUCAUCAGGCGUGAAGCUCCAGAUGGUUUGGAUUUUCCACAUAGGCUGUGCAAAACAGUUUAUACCACAACGAUUCGGUUCAGCAGAUUUCAGAGACUCGAACUCUCCAACUCUCAGCACAAACUCAAGGUGCUUUUUUUAAUCAUGGUGAAACCAGUUCACUGUUACUGGCUAAAAUCUAAAAUCACUUAUUCACUACUUAUCUCAGUGUCCGAAUUUUCCUUUAUCGACUAAUCUGUUGAUGAUUUUUAUGAUAAAUCGAUCAACUCUUCAUUCUACAAAAUGUCACAAAGAACCGUCAGCGAGCCCAGCUGAACUUUAAUAAGUACUUGUUUCUUUUCGUUUUUACAAAUACAACCCUCAAAUACAGAGAAGUUCUACUUAUAAAAUAGUAAAUCUUCACAUUUUAGAAUCUGGAGAAUGUUUGUUUUUGGUUCAACAUUAUUCUCCUAAACAUCUCGGCACGAGUCUGAAUUCUUUAUGCGACAUUUAUGCACUUUCAUGUGCCCUCAAAAAUACCCACAAUGCAACACAGAAAGAAAUGUCUUGCUGCUACUAAUCCCACAAAGCAUUGCAUCACAUUUGAUAGAUGCAUAAAUUAAAGCCGUACCACAAUGAAGGCAUGCAUGAUAUAUUAUUUGCCGAUACAUGAGAAAAAAAACCUUGUUGUUCUUCUUAUAAUGAAAAUGUCCUGCGUUGCCUCUUUACAAAAGGAUGAGGGAUUAUUCUCAAUGAUAAGAGAGAGGCUGACGUUCAUAAAGACUACAAAUUUAAAGAAUAAACUGAAGUUAUACUGUUAGAAGUUUUGUUACUCUUCGGAGAGUAAAAGUGCUCUAAACAUAAGAUUCAUAUCAGAUUAUUUCUACUACAGAGUUAACUCUUAAGUGUCUGUUAUGAGUGACUGAAGCAUCACUCUGUUCUCACACGAACAAAUCCACUUUCAUUUUCUAAAAACCUGUUUAAUCGCAUGAAAGGAGAACUGAGUUUUUUUGUGUUUUUUUUUGCCUUGACAAGUUUGAAAUUUGCCAAAACCUUAAAAUAUAGUUAUUACGAUUUGUGAUUUAUUUUAAUUAUUUUUGCUGUUAUUUAACAGGUUGUGGUGUUUGUUGGGAGGAGGUGAAAUGUUCGUCUUAAGAGGGACGGGGGGAAGAUUGUAGAGAUAUGUUAACGAGUGUUUGGAAUCGGCUGCAGAAGAUAUUUAAGUUUGUCGUCGGAUUACCUGUGAAAGUUUGUCUCAUUGGGAGAGAAAUGUAUUGUGCUAAAUGAGAAGCAACUAAUUAAUAAGUAAUAAUAAAUAGUUAAAGGAUGCUGUUUGAGGAAAAUCUGUAUUUGUAUGUUUUUGUAACAUCUCAUGUUUGUAUCACGUUUUUGUAUUUCUUUUUCAUGCAUGUGUGGUGAGCAGUUUCUUUAUGUUUUAAUUAUCCCUCUUCUCUCUUUAUAUUUUUUGCAAAAUUUUAUUCUCUGAAGAAAAAAAGAUAGACUAGAGAAGAGAGUUUUUGAAGCCUCUGAACAAAGUAUAUAACCUCUAAAGUCUGUCAGUUAAAGGAAUGCUAUGUUGUGCUGCCAUCUGGUGGACAGUCCUGGAGCAGCAGCAGCUGUUGAGUUCUGAUUCAUGUAUGUAUAUAGAACCAGUCAUGUGGAAGGAGUGAUUAUGUUUCAGAAAUGCACAAUGUCCAAUUAUAACUAAUAUAAUAAACGUGGGAGUGUUUACCUCUGACUCUGCAGGAGAAGCUGAAGCUCUUUGUGUCCUCCAGGUUCUUAUCAGCAGCUCUCAGGUCAGA